AUGCGCAAGUCCUUGGCAGUUUGUGCGCUCCUGGAACUCCAGGCGUGGCUAAAACCGGAUGUGCUUUUUCUGUCUGAGGCACAUUUGUGUAAAGUUAAGGAGGAAUCUUUGAAACGGAGAUUGUUGUUUGAUGAGAUGUUGGUUGCCGGGAGUGAUGGCAGAAGUGGUGGUUUGGUCUUUUUCUGGAAUAAUGAUAUAACAGUUUCUUCUAAGGAGGUGGAGCAGAAUUUCAUUGGCAUCCGUAUUAAUGAAAAUAGUGAGGCGGGAUGGCGCUUUAUUGGUUUCUAUGGUGAGCCUAGUAGUGAUACAAAGCAUCUGUCAUGGGAUUAUAUUCGAUCUCUUCAUGCAGCAAUUGACCUCCCAUGGAUUAUGGUGGGUGAUUUUAAUGAAAUUCGUUAUUCAAAUGAGAAAGAAGGAGGUGCUUCCAGAUCCCUUCGCUGUAUGCAAGCUUUUAGAGAUGUUCUUAAUGACCGUGAUUUGGAAGACAUGGGUUAUGAGGGGGAUAUUUUCACCUGGAGAAGAGGGAAAAUCCGGGAGAGGCUAGACCGUGCGGUUUGUAAUCCUAGAUGGGCAGAUAUGUUCCCUAUUGCAGGUGUGGUAAACGAGGACUUUGGGCUUCAAGCUGAACUGAACCGGGUCAUGUCUGGUCCACUGUCGGAUGAGGCUAUUUCUAAACAGAGAGAUAUUCAGCUCAAAAUGGAAAAUCUAUCAGAACAAGAGGAGCUUUAUUGGGUUCAGCGUGGUAGGGUCAACUGGCUCCAACACGGUGACCAGAAUACGGCGUUCUUUCACCGUUUUGCUUCAGGACGUCGGAAACGGAAUUUUAUUAAAUAUUUGAAGAAUGAUUCUGGAGAGGUUACAGAAGACCAGGAUCAAAUAAUGGACCUAGCCAGCAACUAUUUCCAGACGUUGUUUACUGCGGAGGUCCAGGACCCAGAUCCUACUGUUAUAAAUAAAGUACUUCCUUCUGUUACUACUGAGAUGAAUGGGAAAUUGCUAGCUCCAUAUUCGAGAGAGGAAGUUAAAAAGGCUCUUUUUAAUAUUGGGGUGAUGGGUUUCAUGCUAUCUUCUAUAAACGAUUCUGGCAUAUUAUUCGAGAGGAUCUUACUGAUGAGGUUCUCCUAG